UUUGGCCAAAACUGAAAGUCGAAGUUUAAAAUAGACUUCCGGCUUGCCGUACAUCAGGCCGACUACGUUGGCAACAUGGCGUCUUCAGAUGUCCACGUACGAAUAUGUGAACAAGAAAUACUGAAAUAUGACUUGGAAAUCAAAGCUCUCAUUCAGGAUAUUAGUGAGUGCACAGGUCCUCAAAGCAAGCUGACAGAGCUGAACACAGAGGUUAAAAAGAGUUUCCACAACCUCAGACUGCGGAUUCAGGAUUUCGAGCAACUGGCUAAGGAGCAGGACAAAGAGUCAGACAAGCAAGCUAUGAUUGGUCAGGUAGAGGGACACAGAAAACAAAUGCUAAGUAACCAGACAGCUUGGAGGAAAGCCAACCUGACCAGCAAACUGUCCAUAGACAACAUGGAAAAGCAGGCACUUCUUAAUGGAACAAAUAGUGCAGUGAGGCAAAGGAAGAUGACCAAAGAGUCCUUGGCUCAGACAGCUAGUGAUAUUACUGAGAAUCUCAUGAGCAUCAGCCGGAUGAUGGCACAGCAGGUUCAGCAGAGCGAGGAGACCAUGACAUCACUAGCAACGUCCUCAAGGACAGUCCAAGAGACCAAUGACGAAUUUAAGACCAUGACGGGGACCAUCCAGCUCGGGAGGAAACUCAUCACCAAAUACAACCGCAGGGAGCUCACUGAUAAACUGCUAAUCUUCCUGGCACUUGCCCUCUUCCUCGCCACAGUUCUCUACAUCCUCAAGAAGAGACUGUUCCCCUUCCUGUAGACCAGGUACCUUUUGAGGGACUCUCCCAUUACCACACACAUUUGCGCUGUCCACGAUCGGGGCAAAUGAUUUAAACACCGCCGAAUGCUGCCUGUCAUACUACUCACACACACACGCUACACACGAGUGUCUGCCCAGGGGAAUGUGGAUCGCUCACUUUCCUGAACUGUGAUGCUGCUGAGGGUGAAAUACUGUCCGCAAAGAGGAAUAUAAAGGUACAAUCCUGUAGUCCCAUGCAGUGUUUAAUUUAUCGAAAAGAAUUUGGUUCUUCAUAUAAUGAAAAUAGUGCAUUCUAAUGGAAAAGACGUGUUGGUGGAACAAAAUGUGUCCAAUAUCCAUCCUUAGUUAGUUACUGUGACAGUAAGUUGUGGGAGCACAUAGACAAACCAUAUUAAUCUUUUCUUUUAUACACUCUUGUGGAAGAUAUCAGUAUGGUUUUUCUUUUCACGCAUAUUCUCACAAACCUAAAGCUUCUUAAAGUGCAGAAAAUAAUUCCCACACACUUAAAAUAGUGGUUCUCAGUUUACUUCAUACGUUGCUUUGAGUGCAGGUAAGUGUGAGUAGAGAGAGAGAGAGAGAGAAACAGAAUUUCAAUAAAAUCUGACAUUCACUAAACAAGUGCACUUUUCGUGUCAGUUCAACCAGAUUUAAAUGACAUGUAUGUUACAAAACAUUGUUACAGCAGUAUGUGAUUUAUUAUAAUGUUGUAACAAUGUUAAGUAUGCACAUUGUAGGAACAAUACCAGAACUUAAAAACAAGCAUUUCUGCUCAGCAGAAAUUCCUUCACAUUCCUCACUAACAGGUGUUUGAACCACCUGAUAUCAUAAAAUCAAUGUGCAAGUGAUGCACACGCUUUUAAAAAAAAUAUUAUUUAUAACAAUGUACUGUAUGAUUACCGUAAGGUCUAAUUUAUUAUAGCACUAUUAUUACUUAAUGCUUUUUUGCAAGGAACAAAAUAUUGCAUUGACUUUUAAUUUUCAUGCUAUUGAAGCUCAACUGCGCUCACUAAGUUUAUGUUUAACUGAGCCGGAUUGUCGGAGCAAAAGAAAACGGGUGCGCGCACUUCCCACCAGCUUUGCUCGGGUCGGCGGCGGAGCAGAAAAGCUCAGAAAAGCAGUGGCAGUGAUCACACUGGCAGAGAUAGAGCAGCAUACAUCUCUGCCUUUCUUCAGAUAAGACCCGGAAAAGCAGAUUAUUGCGACCCGUUUCCCUCUGCCUUUGCAGUGCGGGUGGAGGAUGAGGGGGGAUAUUUUUAGGUUUGUGUGGCACUGUUAUCUGACGUUGCCUUUUCAACACCUUGGAGGAGAGGGUGGCCAGAGGAGCUACAUGACCUUGCUACCCUCUCUGCAGUUGCCUGGCGUUGCCAUUUUGUUUAAUAUAUGUAAAUGCUGUCAGUAUUGAUUAACAAUAAAUAAAAAGUCCUCUGGCCUGAUGUUUGA